UUUUCAACAGAGCAUCAAUUUGUAUGACCUCUCAACCAGAGGGUCAUAUGAAAGUAUACCUCCGCAUAAAACCAUUUGGCAAACAGGAAGACAGCAGUCAGGUGCCUAACUUAGGUUUUUUUCAAGAAUUAAAUUGUGUUCCCUAUGAUACAAUUUUGCAGUAUUUACCUAGUUUGUUUAGGGGUUUAUUCAAAGGUUUUAAGUAAUUUAAGUUGGACAAACCUUUUAAAUUGAUAUUAAUACAUUUUUUACCUUUAGAAUAUAUUUUUACUCUAAUUGAUAUAAAUUAAUUUGAUUAUAUUGAAUUGCAUUAAUAAAUAAAUGAAAUUUUGAAUUAAAAUAUACAUAUUACUUACUUUUUGUUUCAUUUUAAAUUUUAAUAUUUCUUCAUUAUAAAGCAAAUAUUGAAUUAUUUUAUUUUUUUUUAGAAAUGUUUUGUGGUGACAACAGAAGAAAAUACAAUAGAGGCAACUGCACCUGUGUUAAGUCACACCUACAAAAACAUGAAAAGAGGUUUAGCAAAGUCUUCUCACAAAUUUACAUUUUCAAAAAUUUUUGGGGAGGAUACAACCCAGGCUAAAUUUUUUAAUGAAACCAUGUUAAGCAUGACAAAAGAUUUCAUCAGUGGUCAGAACUCGCUAGUCUUCACAUAUGGAGUUACAUCUUCCGGCAAGACAUAUACCAUUCAAGGUUAGAUUUUUAUAUUUUGAUAAAUUGCUUAUAAUUUUUAUUUCUUUUCAGAAAUUUGACUGAUCAUUCAUUUUUUAUCACACUUGAAAGCAAAUAUUAGCUGUAGUUUAAUGAAUCUAAGCUGUAGUUUAAUGAAUCUAAGCUGUAGUUUAAUGAAUCUACAUUACAAUUUUAUAAAACUCUUUGAAUCUGCUUUUUAAACUAAAUUGUUUUUGUUGUUGUUUUUUUUUUUACCAAGGAAUGCCACAGGAUGCUGGUAUUCUACCUCGAUGCCUUGAUGUUAUCUUCAAUUCUAUUAGUGGUAAGCAGACAUUGACACUCGCUUUUAAGCCUUUGAUGUUUACUGAUGUCUCCCGGCUAACACCCGAAGAAAUAAUGGCUGAGAAAAAGGUGAAAGCUAGAACCAUGAGGAUGAGUGUUGAUGAUGUAAGUAAUUUUUUUAUAACAGGUUGUAGCUUCCUCUUCAAUUAGUGUCAACAAAUUUCACAAACUUAAUAAUAUAUUUCUGAACUUUAAACUUUAAAAAUUAUGCUUUUACUAUUCUAAUUUAUACCCCUUUUAAGUAAUAAUUAUAAGUAAUUUCUCAUUUUCAGGAUACAACUGUGAUGACUCUUCUGGGGGAUGAAAUGGAGUCAGUCUUAUCUGAUUCUGCCUCUUCUAGUAAGUGAGAAAGCUAUCCCAGAUUUGACUAGAAUUCUGAUUGUAUAUACACUUUUAUCUUAUCAUUGGUUUUGUCCAAGUAAAUGGGACUAUGCUCCGGCUCAUAUGUUUUUCUUCUUUAUUUCUUCACCUUGAUUUUACUUAAGUCUAUGGCUUUUCUUCCCAACCAGUACAUCCUUCUGUAUAUCCUUCCACUCACAGAUGUUUAAUUUCACAUUCAAUGUGUCAGAAAGUUACUAAUGGAGAUUCUGUCAUUCGGGCUGGAUUCAAUCUUAAUGUGUCCAGGCACUUCAUACAUUUGUAGGGUUGAUCUGGGACCUUAAAUUUAUCAGAGGAUCAUUUUGUCCUGGCUCAGGUCUGUUUGUCGACUAGUUUCACAGGACUACAAGUUACUAGAACUUCCAUUGAUUCAGUUUGAUCCUUUUUUUUUUUGCUGUGUAUGCAAUGAAACCUGUGAAUAGCAAACUUUUAAAAAAAGCUGACGCUGGCAAAUAUGCCAACACACCACCUCAAGGGUUUCUGAUGGACAAAACAUGAUUUUUCCAAAAUGGUGAGAGUAAACAGGUCUGGUUAUCUCAUUUAUUCUUAUUUUCAAUGUUCAUGUUUCUCCAUCUUUCAAAUUAUUGUGCAUGAUUAUCAUUCUGGCUAAAAAAAAGCACCAUCCCUGCAAAUAGCCCUACUUUUGGUUUGGUCCCAAGACUUUGGGCUAUUCACCGGUUUAACCGUAGAGAAAAUAAAUUCUGUAUAUGUCUCUUAUCAAUAUUUUUAAAACUUUAAAAAUAAUAAAUAAAUAUAAAGCAUUAAGUUAAAAUCUUAAUUAAGUUGUACCCUGUCACAUAAAAAUCUUUUCAAAACUAAAAAUUAACAAAAAUGUAUUUUUUCCAGGUACCAUUGGUUGUGCAGAGAAUUUGUUAAAAGAUGUGGAAAAUCGAGCUCGUGAGCAACUAAAAGUUGAAGUUGAGGAUCAAGGCAAAAUUCUAUUUUGUGUUUGGGUUAGCUUUGCAGAGAUUUACAAUGAACAGAUUUUUGAUCUGCUAGAACCUCUUCCCACCAAGAAAAAUUCAAGACGUCCAGCUUUAAGAAUAUGUGAUGACAGAAAUGGAAAUCCUUAUGUUAAAGGUAAUGGUAAUUGGUUCUUUAAAAAAAAAAAAGAGGCAUAGAAUGAUGAAAAUCUGUGUUGGAGAUUAGUUUUGUUUCUUUUUUUAUUAAAAAUGUAAUUUUAUAAUAAUCACAUCAUCUUUUCUUAAACUGUAUAUUCCCUAAUUGUCAAGCAUGCUCAUCAAAUCAUUGGUGUCUUUACAAUAAUAAUUAGAAAUUUAAAUAAAAAAAUGAUUAUCUGAACUCAUAAAUAUAUAUAUAUAUAUAUAUUUGCUCUAUAUAUGUGUUAUUUAACUCUCAAGGUACAUUGUCUUGACCAUUCGCUGGUCGAUGGAUUAUUAAUUGAUUUUUUAAUAACAUUUUUACAUACCAUAGUUAUUUUUAAUGGGCAAAUACAAAUUUUGGGAUUUUAAAAAAAAAAAUCAAUUUUAAGCGUAAAUUUAGAUUUUUAAUUAAAAAUAUUAGCCCCAGCAUCAUGGUUCUUUUUUGUUGAUGACGCUGUUUUCGUCAGCCAUAUUGCCAAUCCUGUAAAAGUUCGGCAAAGGGUGGUUGCACUCACUGUGAAAAAUUCGGUUCCGAAUUUAUCUUGCAACGUUGUUGAUUAUAUUUAAAGUCAAAACAUGAUACCAGUCCGAUAAAAACAAGAAGACAUGACUGCUGAUGAUUUUUUAUAUUUACAUCAGAUCGAAAGUUUGCUAUCAACGGUAAGAUUUUUUUCUUUGUUACGGCGGGUCAAAACGCACUCAACAUUUUGUGGAAUUAGGGGAAAAAACUACGUUUACAUUGAUAUACUGUAACAAUGGACAUAAUAAUUAUUGAAAUUAAGUAUUUAAGCUUAUUUGUAAACAUUUAUUAUUCCAGUAUAUCAACUGUAUAUUUUAUUAUUAUUUUUUUUUCAUAGGCAUAUAUGUUUGAAAUUUCAAACUUCCUUUGUUUACAUUGGAUACGCUUAGAAGAGGCAAUCACUUUUAGGUGUAUAUUUUAUGCUGAAUUUAAAACAGCUCUUAAUUUUGAAUUUUAUUCUUUUUAAUUGAAUAAUGUUUUUAGUUUUGUUCAGUAUUUUUUUUUUAAUUAUAAGACCUAAGCCUAUAUGUAAUGCUUAUAUUUGAUUAAAAUUUCAGAGUAUCAGAGUGGUGACAACCCAACAUCAUGACAAUGCUAUUCCUGUCAUAUGACCUGAGCUAACUACUGAAACCUGUUCAAAACAAGACAAGAUAAUGAGUACAUUCACCUUUAUAACUUUUCAAAUUCAAUUUUCAUCAAGGCUGGAGAUGGUUUGUAAAUGUACACAACAACUGCAGCUGCAAUGUUAUGGCAACUAAGCCAACAUGAUUUUAACACUGAACAUUCGAGAUGAUAAACACAAUUUCUAACAUUCAUUGGACUCAUAACCUACAAGCCCCACUUGUGUGAUCUGUUACUGGAUAUAAAGGAGUUUAUUCACUGGAUAAUGGAAGUCAUAAAUUGUUUUAGGCCACCAUAUAUACUUAUAACUAUAUAGUAAGUUUCUGUGAGAAAAAACAGAGUGCACUGCUGAUAAGGAGGUACAAAUAAAUUCAUCUGUACCUGAUGAAAAGCAAGGGCAUGCAAAUAUGUUCCUGGAUCAAGCAUAAUAAAUAAUCAAAAGAAGAAGGAGAGAGUAGUACAUACUCAUUUCAUAAAUGUAACACAAUAUUGGCAUGAAUAACACAACGGUAAAUGAACUAUUGGCCCUGGCAGAUUCAAUAUCUAAACACUAUAAAUGGUUUUGUUGUUAUAGUAAGCUAAGCUAAAUCUAACUACUGUGUCUAGUUGAUUGGACUGUGAUAAUCUUAGUGGAUAAAAGAUAUCUGCUUCGGAAUAAAUACAAAUAAUGUCAAUGUGAACAACAAUAGGAUUAGUAGAAGAAAACAACAGCGGCCAAGACUGGUAAGAGACUUAUUCUUUCAUUUUAAUUAAUUUUCAAGUGUUGGGCCUAUAGCAAUGUUUCCUCUAAGGUUUUUUGGUUCAUGUGCAAAAUCAUAUAGUUGUGUGCAAAGCUUUGCAGGAUCAAUUCUUUUGUGUGCAAAAUUUUACAGCACACAAACACACACUUACAUGGAAACUUGCUGCGCGGAUACUCAAAACUGCUGUGCAGCAUCUGUGAGAUAGUUGUUCUAUAGUCAUAUUUAUUUUAAUCUGAAGAAAACAAAAUGCUUAUCUUGAAUAAUUAAAAAGAUCUUAUAGCUUUAUUCUUCUUAGUUCCUUAGAGUUAAUCAGGCAGUGACAAACUUUGUUUGACAAUGCUCAUGUUUCUGCUGCAGCACUAUGAAUGAUUAUAACAUAACAAUGACAUGUUAGAACUGCAAUGGUUCCUUACAUCAAAGAUAUAAUGUGAACAGCUUUAUUAGGUUUAUAAAAUAGAGAUAAAAUUUUGUCCUGCCAUUGUUAUAUAAAUGAGUUUUCUGGAAAACGGUAGUGGUCAUAUUUCAUACCGAUAUGUUUAUUUGUACCCAACGUGGUACAUUUUUUAGAAAAAUAUGUAAAAAUUAUUCACCUCCACUUAUAUUAUUUUCUAAUAAUAAUUGAAUUUCUCUUAGGAAGUACUUACAUGGUUUUCUUUAACUUUUUUUAAAUUAAAAAAUUAAUUUAAAAAUUAACUAUUUUUUUAAAAAUAUGAAGUAUUAUGAAAAGUGGCAUAACUAAUACAAAUAAUGGUAAAAUUGCUUGAAAUUUGUAUAUGUGUUGUACAAAUGGAUGCCAUUGAUGAAUAUAAUAAAAAUUUGAACUUAAGACUUUACACUUAUUUUUUUGCUUAUAGUUAUACCUGUUUGUGGUAUGUUUACAUUUUUGUGAAAAUUUAGCAAACCUAAAAAUUUAAACUUUUGGCCAUAAAAAACAACCUAAUUAACUGUGAUCUUAUGAUGGGCAUAAAAAAAUAGACCAUUCAAUUCUGAAUCCAAUGAUAUAUAACAUGUUAUCACUGCUAUGUUAUUCUGAACAACCAGCCAGAUUGUAAUAAUUAAGCUUUUGUUAUUAAAACUCUACCUAAGAAAAAAUUUGUUAUUUUAUCUUAAAUUUACAAAACCUAUUAAUUUAUGAUUAUGAGUUACAUCUUGUAAUGCAUAAGCCUACUUAUUUUGUUUCAAAGAGGACAUUGAAUGAAAACAGAUUUAUAUCUCAAUAUUUAAAUGGCGAGGGUUUGAAAAGAAUUCUCAAAACAUCUAUUUUUUACAUUUUUCAGAAACCUAGUAACGGAUUAUAUUAAAUUAUCUCUUAUUGAUUCUCAUACUGUUAUCAUUUUUCAUACUGAACAUAUAUCUAUUCAGUCAACUAAAUAUUUUCGUAGUAACAUAUUAAUGAAGGAAAGUAUAAUUUUUUUUCUUUUUGUAUAAUACAGUAUUGUACUAACACUGAAGCAAUAAUUUUGGCAAAAGCUCAAUAUUAUUACUUUCAGCUGAAGAAAUAAUUUAAUUUGAAUUUAUGAACUUAUCAAAUUAAUCAAAAAGUAAUUUAAAAUCCCAUUAAAAUUUUAAUUUAUUCACAUAGGCUUAAAAGAAAUUCAUGUGGACUCUGCUGAUGAAGCUUACAGAUUAUUGACAAUUGGUCAACGCAAUUUACAGACAGCAUGCACACGACUUAAUCAUUGCUCUUCAAGAAGGUGAGUUUGUGCAUGAAAAUUUAAUUUAUUUUCAAGCCAUUUUUGUUUGAAUAAUUUUCAAGCUUAAUUCUAUUAUCUUAUUUGACUUGACUUCAUCUUUUUAUACAGGUACGUCAGAUUAAAUAUUUUCUGUGUACUUACUAUUGAUAGGGGCUAAUGUUGAUGUAAUCAGGUUUGAACAGUUCCUUUUUAAAUUGAUUUUAAAUAUUAUCAAGAACUGUUGAGGGGGUUCUUUGAUAAACACUUUUUGGUAAUUGCAACCAAUUUCAAGCUAUUCGUUUGUGUCAUAAAUGUUUCAUAUAUUUUAUCUUUCUCCUAGUCACUGCAUUUUCAACAUAAAAAUUGUGCGUAUAGUAGAUGAUGUUGCAAGAGUGAGCAUGUAAGUAGGGUUUUCUUAUUAUUUCACUUUUGUGUAAAUUUUAAAUAUAUCUUUUUAUUUAGUGAUAUAAAUUUUCCCCCCUCAGUUUCUGUAUUUAGCCUUCCAUGUCAUUUAUCAAUGGUUUCCAAAGCUCAUAUUCUAUACACUCCAUAAAUAUAUUAUAUAAAGAAUGUGAGAGCAAGUAUGUUUUUUGAUAUAUAUAUAUAUAUAUAUAUAUACAGGCUGUCCUUAUGUGAUCUUGCUGGGUCUGAGAGGUAUUCCAAAACUCAAGCUACAGGUGACCGCUUGAAAGAAGCUGGUAACAUCAAUGCCUCACUAAUGACAUUGGGACGAUGUAUUGAAACUUUGCGUCAUAAUCAGUUGCACAAGUAAUUUCUUUUAAUGUUGUUGAUGCCUAUUUGAUCUGUUUUAAAACUAAUAAGAUUAUGUCAUUUUCUUGGAUUAAAUUGUUAGUCAUAAAGAAUGGUGUGAUUAAGCGCAGAAGAAAUGAAAAAAUAACUCUUCAAGCCCCUGGAUUGUUUGAUAUACAUGUUUCAGAAGGUUUGCAAUAAAAAAUCAUUCUGUGCAUUUUAUUUACUUUAAAAUAUGUAAUUUUAAAAAAAAAUCAAUAUAUUUCCUAAGGUGUUUCAGCUGCUUUUGCAGACCUGUUUACUUGUACGGUUUUGGCAUGCAAUGUAGGAUUUUGAGAUUGUUAACCAAGACCUGUCAGGACUAUGAUUUUAAGGGUCCGGUGUGAAAUAUAUACAUUCUGGGAGUUCUUCCGCUUUGAAAAAAACAACAAACCAACAAUAAUUAAAAAGAACAUUUUCCAUUGUUAGUUCUAAUUUGCAUUCUACGUCUAGUGGUGAAUGGAUCGAGAAAUACGAUUGGUUGUGGACCAUCUGUAAUUAUUUUAUGGGCGCCUAUGCCAAAUUCAGAUUUCAGCAGGCCCUCUGUGUUAAAUUCUUACAAGUACACUUUGAAAUAGCGAAUACAUAAACCCAGACUUGUUUACUCUUACGAUUUUGGCGUACAUUGUAUGUUUUUGAAGUGUAUACACCACAUAUGCUGCCUGUUAUUUUUCUAUAAAGAGAAUAUAGUGAACGAUUAUGUGAUGAUAUUGUACGAUUUUAAGAGUUUGAGGGUAAACAGGUCUGUAAACCAAACAAAAUAAAUGGAUGGGUAAAAAUAAAUAUAAAUGUGCGUCAUCUAGUAACUGCAACUCAGGUGAGUUACUGUUUGCACAACUGCUAGAUGUUACAUUGGAAAUAAAAUGAAAAACAUUUUGUAAUAUUUUGCAACGUCCCUGUGAGCUAGCAGCAGCAACCUCAAAUAGAAAAAGAGGAGGAUUGUCGUCAAAAGCACACAUGCAACAAGGGGAGGGGUAAAAAAUUUGGCUUUUUUUAUGUACAUACCAUAUAGAUGACCCCUGGCAUAUGCUUGCUUCCGGACGGUAUGACGUAAGUUUGUGAUAAUUAUUUCUUAUGGUUGAACUGCGAUGAGUCCGGAGACAAAGAAAAUUAGAGAACGCAUUCUCAACUGUUCCGUGAAGCAACAUUAGAUCAAUAAAUUGAUCGUGAGCCCUUAAGAUAUAGAAGAAGAAGAUCUCAACAUAUUUUAUAGGAUCUAAGAGGGCCUUUGCAAUCUAUUUUUAGAAAGCAGAAAACGGCUGUACGAUUUUUAAUACCCCCUUUUCCUUUCACCCAUUUACAGUUUGUGGUAGUUAUAAAACUAAUAUUUUCUACCUUUGGAAGUUACUUUUUUUACGCCAGCUUAACUCGAUCUCACGAGACAAGUGAUGUGAUUAGUUAUUGUUUACAUCAUAUGACUGUAUGUUUAUUUACUUACUAUUAUUAAUGCUGUAUUUACGAUUUUGGGAUUAUUUUGUACGAUUUUAGGAGUUUGAAGGUAAACAGGUCUGCUUUUGAUGCAGAUUAUUUCUUGAAAAAUGCUUCUUUUCUUUCGAAUGAUUAAAUGGUAUAAUUUGGUUUGUCACUUAACACAGUAAAGUUACUAUCAAUUUCUUCUCUAUUUGAUAGAGAUCAGCAAAGGUUGGUUCCAUUCAGAGACAGUAAGCUGACUAGGCUGCUGCAAAAUUUCUUUAAUGGCUGUGGAAGAGCGUCCAUGAUAGUUAAUGUCAGCCAGUGUAUGUCGAUGUUUGAUGACACCCUUCAAGUUUUUAAAUUUUCUGCCAUUGCUAAACAAGUUAAA